AUGAGACGCCAUGGCUGGCAACGCCCUCUCCACCCUUUACAGUUUGUAGGAAUCGGAAUUUAUAGUUUUCUUCUAGUUUGUUUCUACACCUUCCUCGGACUUUUCCUUGGAAACCGAACCGCAGAGAUAACACUCACCUUCAUAUUUUCCUUCAUGGCAAUUUCGGUUAUGUUUCUGUUUGUGAGGUGUACUGCGAUUGAUCCUACAGACAGAACUAGUUUCAAGAAAAAGAACAAAAAAACCAAAAGGAAUGUAAUUCAGAAGCUCAACUAUGGGUUUAUUAUAGGUCAGAUUGUGGUGAGGUUUUUCAAGAGGGUGGAAAAGAAGGUGCUUAGGACUUUCAUUAAGCGGAAGUACCUUGAUCCGGUGAAGACGAGUGCGCAAGUGGAACCUCUUCUUCCAUUUCCACUGGUUAUGAAAUUUGAUGAUGAUGCUAUUGCUCCAGAUCUUAAAGAGGAUGAUAUCUCUUUUUGCAUACUUUGUGAUUUUGAGGUGAAAAAGCACAGUAAGCACUGCAGAACUUGUAAUCGUUGUGUUGAAGGGUUUGAUCACCAUUGCAGGUGGUUGAAUAACUGUAUUGGGAAAAAGAACUACACGACGUUCUUUCUUCUUAUGAUUUUUGUCUUGCUAAUGCUUAUCAUUGAAGGAGGGACUGCAUUUGCUAUAUUUAUCAGGUGCUUUGUGGAUAAGAGAGGAAUAGAAAAGGAGCUUCAUAGGAAGCUUUUUGUAGAUUUUCCAAGAGGAGUUCUUGCCACCAUAUGUGUAUUUCUUAUGGCAUUGACAGCUUAUAGUUCAGCUGCACUGGGACAGCUUUUCUUCUUUCACGUGCUCCUGAUACGAAAGGGCAUGAGGACCUAUGAUUAUAUUCUUGCUAUGAGAGAAGAGAAUGACGCCAUGGAAUUGGAAUCGUUUGAUGAUUCUGACCUCUCAUCAGAUGACAGUAUUGAUUUUGACUCACCUGAAAAACCGACACUAAUGUCAAGGUUUCUAUGCAAAGGACAGAGCUCGCCCAGGUUGUCCAUCAAGAUUGAAAGAGAUACUGAACCUUCCCCCUUGAUCAAUACAAAAAGGUUUGAUGUAAGCAUUAACCCUUGGAAACUCAUAAAGUUGACCAGUGAAAAAGCUCUAGUCGCAACUGAGAAAGCAAGGGAAAGGCUGGUGCGAGAAAGACCGAAAAGAGAGCAUAGUUCAUUGAGACCUCUUCCAUUGGAGACAAAACGUGGACCAUUGAUGAAUGUAGAUCAAAAUAUAGGCAAUGAGGGAUCUGGGUCAACAUCAACAUCUUUUAUAACAAAAGGGAAACUUCAUGUAUCACCAGUAAGGCUUUCAAGCCCAAGAAGAAGAUUUUCUGCAGGCUCGUCAACGGUGUUCUCUAGCAGCAUGAUAGCAUCACCGCAACAUAAAUACCGAAACAGUUUUGACUUGAAGCUAACAGGCGUGUCUAGAGAGCUUGAAACACAUAUUUCCAAGCAGGUCCUAUGUUCAGUUAUCAGCAAAGAUGGAAGUGAAGUUUCCCCAAGAUAG